AUGGCUAGCUUCCUUGCAGCACCAAGACGUCCCAUAGCCACCCUCCCUUCCAACGCUGGGCUCAGUGUCGCUGCUGGCCAGCACAGGAGUUUCUCCAACAAUGGUGGUCCUUUGUUUUUUGGGCUAAAACACAUUGCAAAAAUCCAAUUCUCAAAGGCAGCUAACAUUUCUUCCACCAGAUCUAGAUGUUUCAGGACUACCAUUUCAUUCUCUGCCCAACCUGAGACCCAGAAAAUCGUUCAGAGCACCAUUUCUAAGCAAUUGUCUAUUGAGACAAGCACAGUGACUCGUGAAACCAAGUUUGCUGACUUGGGUGCCGACUCCCUUGACACGGUGGAGAUAAUGAUGGCUUUGGAAGAACAAUUUGGGGUGUCAAUUGGAGAAGGGGGAGCUGAGGACAUUGCCACUGUUCAAGAUGCUGCAGAUCUCAUUGAGAAACUGCUGGCAUCAUCUGCUUAG